AUGUCUGAGAUUUCGGAUAUUACGGCGAUGGCAACAGCAGGAUACUAUCUACCUCAUCAUGCCGUCACAAAGAUAGACAGCAGCACGACAAAGUUACGCGUGGUUUUUGACGGAUCGUCAAAAUCGGACACAGGAAUUUCCCUGAACGACAUUCAACUAGUUGACCCAACCGUCCAAGACGAUUUAUUCUCUAUUCUCCUUCGUUUUAGGAAACAUCGCUACGUCCUGUCGGGAGACAUUGCAAAAAUGUACCGACAAGUAUUGGUCCCUCCAGACGAUCGACGAUACCAAAGGAUUUUGUGGCGGCGUACACCCUCAUGCCCAAUCAAACAUUACGUACUCAACACAAUGACCUAUGGGACUGCGUCAGCGCCGUAUCUAGCCACCCGCUGCAUGUCGCUGUUUUUCAAUCUUUGUGGCUGCAUUCACGCUGCAACAGCACCUUUCAAGAAUGAGAUGUCAAUCUUCGCCCAGAUAACAGCAACGCCUCUAUUGGCGAGCUCAAGCACCUGCCGCCAAGCGAGUUUACAAGAUGUCAAGUUCCAGCCUUCGGUUUUGACGCUACGGUUGUAG